AUGGAUUUUCCGAUGUUGGCUACAAUGGCAUCAAUGAUCCAACAUCUUGAAGGCAGUCAUAUCGACCCGCUAAGGAUAAGCUUGAAAGAAGAGCACGCCCACUUUUGCAACAUGGAGGCUGAGCCAGAUGGUAAGGCAUGGUACAAUGACAUCAAAAUAUAUUUGGAAAGACGGGAAUAUCCCGAAGGCAUCACAAGUGGACAAAAGAAGACCAUCAGAAGAAUGGCAAAUAGUUUCUUUCUGAACAAUGAAUUCGGUGUGCCCGAAUCCAUCAUAACAGACAAUGUAGCAAAUUUGAAUAGCCAUCUCAUGAAGGAUAUCUGUGAGCAAUUCAAGAUCACUCACAGAAACUUGACAGCCUACCAGCCACAAAUGAACGGAGCCGUAGAAGCAGCCAACAAGAAUAUCAAGAGGAUAUUGAGGAAAAGGACUGAUAGUUAUAAAGUCUCUGGUAGUGACGCAGUCAUACCUGCCGAAGGCGAGAUACCUUCUUUGAGAAUCAUUCAAGAAGCAGAACUGGACAAUGCUGAAUGGGUCCGAGCUCGAUAUGAGAAAUUAGCUUUAAUCGACAAGAAAAUGAUGGCUGCCAUAUGUCAUGGUUAA